AUGGGUGCUGGGCCCCUGCAGCAGCCGCUGCUCGCGGGCGACCCGCCCGCGACGACGCCGACCGCGCCGCCGCUCUCGCCCGAACAGCCCUCGCUGGUCAUUCGGCAGACUGCCUACGCGGCAGCCUCCGCCCCGCCCUCCGCCGGGACAGCGGUUGGGUACCCGCCGUACGAGGCGCAGCUGCGUGACGCGGCGGCAGGCGGCGCCUACCCCAGCGUGUACAGCAUCGGCAGCACGCCGCCGCCGCCGCCGCAGCACUACCAGCAGCAGCAGCAGCAGCAGCAGCAGCAGCACCACCACCAACACCAGCCAGCCCACGCGCCCUACGCGCCCCCCGUGGUCGAGCGCACAAUCUUUUAUGAGGGCCCUGUCAUCCAGCGCGUGUCCGCGGCGCCAGUGCUGCAGAUCUGCCCCGCGUGCGGCCACACCGGCCCCACGCGCGUGCGGCGCGAGCGCGGCUGCUGCACCUGGCUCCAGUGCUUCGGCCUCUGCUGGCUCUUCUGCCCUCUCUUCUGGCUGCCCUGCUGCCUCGACUGCAGCCGAGAUCGCCCGCAUAACGCCCUGCUGACGGCGGUGGCGAUGGCAGCCGCCGCGAACUGGGCCAGCGCGGCGGCGGUGGACCGGCCAUAG